AUGCUAAACAGAGCCGUGGAAGACCAUAUAGCUGACAUUAAACACAAAAGAACAAAAGAAGAUGACGUGCCACCGUUGAAGAUGCAACGCGCGCCCAGCACUUCGGAGCGCACGCCUCUGGUGCAACCCACCUACGUCUUCGAGUCCAGCAUUUCGCGCAACUACCAGAAACGUCUGCGCAACUUCCAGUGCAUUGUAUGCAUUGUGCUGAUAGUCUUACUGUCGGUCGCCCUGCUGGUGACCGUCGGCUACAAUCUGGGGCUGGAGGAGAGCAACACUGACGCUAACGAUAGCGUCGAAAUAAAGGACACGGCCAAUCUGACCAUGCCGGCGACAUUGGCACCAUUACUGAAGAUGUCCUGGCCGUUGAAAGGCAAGAUGGCCGCGAACUGGACGCGUCAGCCGACCGCUGGCGCCAUAGCCACCGCGAUUUCCGGCGGGAAGGCGGCAUUGCGCGAGAGGAAGCAGAUGGAGGAACGGCUGGAGCCUCUGGCGAUGGACACUCCAGCCGCCAGGGCCCAGCGGGCGGCGGCCACGGGGGCCCACGUGAAGCCCCUAGCGGACACCGCCUUCGUGGUGGAGCACGCCACCAGGCUGCUGGCGAACGGAUCGGAUUUAUCCCCUAAGCCUGGCGACAUAGGAGUCGGCCCUCCCACCAAGGGUUGCUUCAGCGAGCCAGAUUACUGCAAACCGCCGACCGCCCCGUGCGUGAUGUCCAAGUAUCGUACCCAGGACGGCACUUGCAACAACCUAAACCACCCCCUGAGGUGGGGUGUCUCCAACACGCCCUUCCGAAGGGCGCUGCCGCCGGAUUACGGGGAUGGAAUAAGUUCCCCUCGGCGUGGUGCCAAUGGUGCCGAGCUGCCGAGCGCCCGUGACGUCAGCGUCACCGUCCACCGGCCCAGCUACGCGCACGACACGGAGUUCACCGUCAUGCUUGCCGUUUGGGGCCAGUUCCUCGACCACGACAUAACCGCCACCGCGCUCAGCAAGGGUGAGAACAGCAGCGCUCUAUCUUGCUGCCAGAUGAAUGAGACGCACCCAGAAUGCUUCCCGGUCCGUCUAGAUGCCGAGGACCCCUUCUACCAGGACUACAACGUCACUUGCAUGGAGUUCGUCAGGUCGGCUUCGGCGCCAACGUGCCACUUCGGCGCUAGAGAGCAGCUGAACCAGGCCACGGCGUUCAUAGACGCGUCCACCGUGUACGGCUUCGCCGAGACCAAGUCCUCGAGGCUCCGGCUGAAGGAGGACGGGCGGCUGAGGAUGCUGAAGAUCGGGCCCUGGGAGCUGCUGCCCCCCUCGACGGACCCCAACGACGGGUGCAACACCGUCGAGAUGAGCGCGCAGGGCCGCUAUUGUUUCGAGUCCGGUGACGACCGCGCCAACGAGAACCUCCACCUCACGACGAUGCACCUGCUGUGGGCGAGGCAGCACAACCGCGUGGCGGCGACCCUCGCCCGCCUCAACCCCUCGUGGGACGACGAGACGGUGUUCCAGGAGACCAGGCGCAUCUUGGGGGCGCAGAUGCAGCACAUCACCUACGCAGAGUUCCUGCCAGCGAUCCUCGGGAGUGACGUCAUGUGGGCGCUGAAUUUGACCUUGCAGACAGACGGCUACUCGGACCACUACGACCCUGAUGUGGACCCCACCAUCGCCAACUACUUCGCGGCGGCCGCUUUCCGCUUCGCGCACACGCUACUGCCGGGGUUGAUUCGUAACGUGGACUCCAGCAGUGGCAGCAUCAACUACGUGCACCUUCACGAGAUGCUGUUCAACCCCUACGCCCUGUACAGGGAGAGGGGUGCCAGGGCUUCUGUUGCCUCCGCCAUCUCCACGCCAGUGCACACCGUAGAUCCCCACGUCACCACCGAGCUGACCGACCACCUGUUCGAGCGCUCGGUCGUCGUGAACGUCUCCACGAUGGCGACCAAGAGGCAGGGCCCCUGCGGCCUGGACCUCAUCUCGCUGAACAUCCAGCGAGGGCGCGACCACGGGCUGCCCGCCUACCCCGCCUGGCGGGAGCACUGCGGCCUCUCCAGGCCCAAAACCUUCGACGACCUCACCAAAAUCCUCGACGAGCUGUCCAUGAGUAGGAUCACGAAGAUCUACACUUCCGUGGAGGACAUAGAUCUGUACACGGGCGCUUUGGCUGAGAGGCCUCGCGGGCGCCUGCUGGGGCCCACGCUCAGCUGCCUGCUGGCCGACCAGUUCCUGCGAAUCAAGAUCGCCGACCGCUUCUGGUACGAGAGCGGAGAUCCGCAAGUUUCCUUCACAUUAGAGCAACUCGCGGAGAUUAGGAAGACGACAUUGGCCAGCGUGAUUUGCGCGAACGAGGAUCUGUUAGACCAGGCGCAGCCCAGGGUGAUGGAAGCGCUGAGCGCCGUCAACCCGUUGGUCGACUGCAAAGAACUGCCCCAACCGGACUUCACGGCCUGGACGGUUCCCGGACCACAGAAUAAACCCGAUAAGAAACAGAGGACGACCAGAAAACCAAAAGCCGCCCAUGGC